UUUUAUCAUGAAUGAAGGGACCUCUUACAGUCGUCACUUUAAGGUUUACAUUCUAGGUCGUACGCAUACUACUGUCCCGUGUGAUCCCAAAUGGCUCAGUUUGACGACUUACUGCUCGAAGUCGGGGAAAUCGGAUGGUACCAACUAGCUGUAUCUGUGAUCAUUUUCCUAGGAUGGUCAGGGUUUGGAGCAUUUUCAAUGAUGAUAUUGAUGUUUAUCGGAAUUGAUCCAGGGUGGACAUGCGCUGACAGGUCUUAUGAUAACGUUACAGCAAACUGGAACAGUUCAUAUAGUUCCCAUCUAACCACUGAGAGCUCGGCAAUGAAUUCGACUGGUCAAGACGUGCCAGUCGAUACCACAGACCUUUGCAAAGAAUGUUCGAGCUAUGACUUCAAAGGAGAAUACAGUUCCAUUGUGACUGAAUGGGAGUUGGUUUGCAACAAGGCCUUUAUAAGUGACACUAUAACGUCUGUACAAAUGGCAGGAGUGCUCGUGGGAUAUUUACUUUUUGGGCAGUUGAGCGAUAUGUAUGGAAGAAAAAAGGCGUAUUUUGUUGCUUUUACCUGUGGAAUCUCAGUUGGUGUCGCUCAAGCAUUCACGACAAGCUGGAUUGUAUUUGCUACCUGUCGCUUUGCCAGUGGGCUUUUUACUGGUGGAACCAUGGUGGUUGGCACUGUAUAUGGGCUGGAAUACCUAGGUCCAAAGUAUCGUCACAUACUCACCACGCUCGGUUUUUGGCCGACUUUUUCGCUUGUCCUCCUGGCGAUGGCCUACUACAUCCACGACUGGCACCACCUUCUCUUGGCUACUUCCAUACCUGGGUUUGCCUUCAUAGCAGCUUGGUGGUUCUUACCCGAAAGUCCUCGAUGGCUUCUUAGCAAGGGUCGUUUUGGUGAAGUAUCAGAGAUUGUGAAAAGAAUUGCCAAAAGGAACAAAAAACCACAACCAGACAUGGCUAAAUUCAUAAUGGAAUAUAAGAUUGAAUCAUCGAAAGUUGAACAAGGGGUUAAAUAUGGCUUCUGGGACCUCUUUCGCACACCCACUUUAACUAAACAAACCCUUAUUUUCACAACUACAUGGUUUAGCAUGAGCUUCAUUUGGUAUGGUAUUGCAUUCAAUGUGAAAAAUUUACCAGGCAACAGAUUCGUAAAUGCAGCUGUCAACUUCGCCACCGGUUAUUUUAGGCCAAUUCUCUUAAUAUUUUUACUCCGUUGGUUUGGACGCAAAACGAUUGUGAUAGCCUGCUAUCUUACAGCAGCUGUUGUAUUUAUUCCAAUCGUGGUGAUAUACACGCUUGGCAAAUCCGAUGAUCUAUGGAUCGCUAUUACCGUGUUGUCUACAAUCGGUAGCACAGCUGUAGACACGGCAUGGAGUGUGUCAGGUCUAAUUAUAAAUGAAACCUAUCCAACCUCCAUAAGGAACAUAGGGAUGGGAUUAGCUUCUAUGUGCGAUGCCGCUGGAGGGAUCCUAUCACCUCAAAUGGCGUAUUUCAGCACGUUUUGGGAGCCCAUUCCAUAUGUUCUAAGUUGCAUCCUUGCUUUAGUUUGUGUUUUAGUCAAUUGUUUCAUCGAUGAAACAAAAAACAAAGCCAUGGUUGAUGCUGUCCCUGAUCGAGAGUGGUGCCUUUGUUUUAGCAGGAGGAAAGAGAACAAUUACAAAUUGUCUGACAAAGAAUGCGAAUCAAAACUUUGACAUAAAAAGAGAAUGAAAUGAUAAAACUACGUAUUUCUUUUAACGUUUCCGCUGCCUUGUACUAAAUCUCAGGUUAUGAAUGAUCUGUAUCAGAGUGUUUUACAACUAGGUGCACGGUGUCAUUUAUUG